AUGGCAGACGACUCCCUCACUCCACUGUCCUCGACACCAAUAAAGCUUGCCAAUGACUCGCCAUCUACAACCGAACAGUUUACAUCAGAUGAUAUCGUGAUUGGAUGUAAGGUAUACGUAUCCAAGGACGGAGAGUUCCGGUUAGCGGAGAUUCUUCAAGAACAUACAAAAAAAUCCAAAAAGGUAUACUAUGUGCAUUAUCAAGAAUUCAACAAGAGAUUGGAUGAGUGGAUCGGCACGGAUAGGAUAGAUUACAAGCGCCAUUUGAUCUUGCCUGAGAUCAAGGCAGACAAGAAAGAAGAAAAGAAAGAUAACAAGCUGAAAAAGAAGUCCAAGAACAAAAGCUCCAAAGGUCAAAAGAGCUCAGAGACUGCAACCCCAAUUCCUGACGACGGAGGUAAUGACGACGUUAUGGAUUUGGACAACCUUAACGUUCAAGGUUUGAAGAGACCCGGCGAAGAGGUGAACAGAGAAGAUGAACUCAAGAAGUUAAGAACAAGUGGGUCCAUGAUCCAGAAUCACUCGGAAGUGGCCAGAGUCAGAAAUUUAUCCACAAUUAUCUUGGGUGAACAUAUUAUAGAACCAUGGUACUUCUCGCCGUAUCCGAUUGAGCUCACAGAAGAAGACGAAAUCUAUAUCUGCGACUUUACCUUAUCGUAUUUUGGCUCUCGUAAGCAAUUUGAAAGGUUCAGAUCAAAAUGUUCGAUGAAGCAUCCACCAGGUAACGAAAUCUAUAGGGAUUCAAAGGUCAGUUUCUGGGAAAUUGAUGGUAGAAAACAAAGAACCUGGUGCAGAAACUUGUGUUUAUUGUCUAAGUUAUUCUUAGACCACAAAACCUUGUAUUACGAUGUUGAUCCUUUUUUGUUUUACAUCAUGACAAUCAAGUCCAAGCAGGGUCAUCAUGUUGUGGGAUAUUUUUCCAAGGAAAAGGAAAGUGCUGAUGGUUAUAAUGUGGCUUGUAUUCUUACUUUGCCAUGUUAUCAGAAGCAAGGUUUUGGUAAAUUGUUGAUACAGUUUUCAUAUAUGUUAUCACAUGUUGAAGGAAAGGUCGGUUCUCCUGAAAAGCCGUUGUCCGAUUUGGGUUUAUUAUCAUAUAGAGCAUACUGGACAGAUACUUUGGUCAAAGUAUUGGUUGAGAGAAACAGCCCUCAGCUCUAUAGAAAAAACAACCCCAGAGCAGAGGAGGAAGAUGACGAAGGCUCGGCUACACCCAAACAACCAAAUUCCAGUGAGAUUACUAUUGAGGAAAUUUCUCAGAUAACAUGUAUGACCACUACCGAUAUUUUGCAUACUUUGACUACUUUACAAAUUUUGAGAUACUAUAAAGGGCAGCACAUCGUCGUUGUCACCGAUCAGAUCAUGGCUAUGUAUGAGAAACUUGUGAAAAAGGUCAAAGAGAAGAAAAAGCACGAGUUGGAGCCUCAUAGAUUAAAUUGGACUCCUCCAUUAUUCACUGCAAACCAAUUGAGAUUUGGAUGGUAA